AUGUAUCACCCCUCUUUCCUUUUCUUCUUUUCUUCGUCUCAUUCUAAUUCUACACCUUGGACAAAUAGCGAACCCAUUUUGUGUGCUCUCGUAAAAAAGCACCUGAUGUGGAAGAAUACACCGACGCAUCUUGCCUUCCAAGCACACGAUCGACAUGUCGUGACCUGUUUACAAUUCGACGAUGACAAGAUUUUAGCCGGUAGCGACAACGCCAAAAUCAAUGUAUAUGACACCAAAACAGGAGCGCUUCGAGCAACACUGGAAGGCCCCGGAGGUGGUAUAUGGGGGCUUGAAUACCAUGGCAAUACUCUGGUCUCCGGGUCGACAGAUUGCACCAUCCGAGUAUGGGACAUUGCGAAAGCCGAGUGCACCCAUGUGUUCCAUGGCCACACAUCCACAGUACGGAACGUACAGAUAUUGCACCCAGUUCAAAUUGGCCAGCAUCCAGACGGUACGCCAGUGAUGAUGCCCGAACAACCUCUAAUUAUUUCGGGAUCUCGUGAUUCGACACUGCGGGUUUGGAAACUUCCUCAAGCUGGCGACCCGAAGUAUUUCCCUGCUCAAACUGACGAGGAAUGUCCAUAUCUCAUGCGUGUAUUGACCGGUCACCAACACUCCGUGCGAGCCAUUGCAGCCUACGGGGAUACCUUGGUCAGCGGUAGCUACGAUAAUAUGGUACGAGUUUGGAAAAUAUCCACCGGAGAAUCACUACACAGGCUAGAAGGCCAUACAAUGAAGGUUUAUAGCGUAUGUUUGGAUCAUGAGAGGAACCGCUGUAUGAGUGGAUCAAUGGACCACACGGUCAAGAUCUGGUCUCUUGAUACAGGUGCGUUGUUAUAUAAUCUUGAAGGCCACUCAUCGUUAGUGGGCCUACUUGAUUUGAAAGAAGAUCUGCUCGUGUCGGCAGCUGCAGACUCUACCCUUAGAGUCUGGAAUCCUGCGAAUGGCCAUUGUCAGAGCACUCUGAGUGGUCAUACUGGAGCGAUCACGAGCUUCCAGCACGAUGGUCAAAAGAUAAUUUCUGGUUCCGAUAGGGACGUGAAGAUGUGGGAUAUACAGACUGGUGUGUUUGAACGGGACCUCCUCACCGAUCUCAACGGUGUCUGGCAAGUCCGUUUCGAUGGGCAGCGUUGCGUUGCAGCCGUUCAACGUGGAGUUCAGACCUAUAUCGAGAUUCUCGACUUCGGCGCAUCCGCCGACACCAUACCAUCUGGCCGGUUGGGGAAGCGGGUUGUAGUUAAUGAGCUAGGUGAUGAGAUCGAAGGCCCGAAGGGACAUGUUGAUCUGAAUGACUAA